UCUCUAUUUUCAUUUCCUCUUGCUUUGCUAUUUCUCCAUAUAAACACGUAGACACCACACUGCAAGACAAAUACGAAUGAACUAAUCAUCAAUUUCAAUCUUUCUUCUUCUUCGUUUCUGGGGAAGAACAAGAAGGUAGAAGCCAAAUCCCAAACAACUUCACGUUCUGUUGUACGUACAGGACAUUGUUUUUUUGGAGAAAGGAUUCUGGGUUUCUUCUGAUCACUUCACUGGUUUGAAGAUCAAGGGGAAGAGCCAUGAUGGAGGAUUUAUGGACUAUGUUUUGCGGGGAAUCUGCUUGUUCAGAUGGUGAUGGAAAGCCAUGUGAUUCUACUUUGUGGCAUUUCACCAAUCCCUCUUCCUGCAUUAAUCAAUUGAUGAUGAUUUGUUUCGAUAUCCUCCUCUUGAUCAUGAUCUUAUUCAACAUGAUUCAAAAGCCAACAUUGAAAACCGUUGGCAUCCCUGCACGCUUUCGAAACCGAUCUGCUUUGCAAACAGCUUCUGCUGUUGUCAAUGGUUGUAUUGGAUUGGUGUACUUGUGCUUUGGCAUUUGGAUUUUGGAAGAGAAGUUAAGGAAAACUCAGACUGUUCUGCCUUUGAAUUGGUGGUUGCUGGUACUGUUUCAGGGCUGCACAUGGUUAUUGGUGGGUUUAACUGUGAGCCUUAGGGGUAACCAUCUUCCCAAGAUACCGUUUCGGUUACUUUUGAUUCUUGCUGUCAUAUAUGCUGUUGUUGUUUGUGUUUUAUCUGCUUUUGCUGCUAUUCUGAAUAAAGUAGUGACUACAAAAAUAGUUAUAGAUGCUCUGUUGUUACCCGGAGCAAUAUUGUUGUUGUUUGGUGCUUACAAGGGAUAUGAGCAUGAAGAUGGUGCUUAUAACACAAAUGAAAGUGGACUUUAUGACCCUUUAAAUGGUGAGGUCAAUGGCAGUACCAAAGAUGGUUACACCGCUCAAGUUACCCCGUUCUCUGUAGCUGGAUGCUUUAGCAAAUUCUCCUUUUGGUGGUUGAAUCCUUUGAUGAAGAAAGGUAGGGAGAAGACACUGACUGAAGAUGAUAUGCCCAAGUUACGUGAGGCGGAGAUGGCGGAAAGCUGCUAUUGGUCGUUCUUGGAGGAAUUGAACAAGCAAAAGCAAGCAAAACCAUCAUCACAGCCAUCUAUUUUGAAGACCAUAAUAAUAUGCCACUGGAGAGAGAUUUUUGUCUCGGGAUUUUUCGCUUUGCUUAAGAUACUCACACUGUCUGCAGGUCCUCUGAUUCUUAACGCAUUCAUUUUGGUUGCUGAGGGAAAAGGAAGUUUCGAAAAUGAAGGUUAUGUAUUGGCCUUAUCACUCUUCUUUGCAAAAUGUUUAGAAUCCUUAUCACAAAGACAGUGGUAUUUUCGAACCAGACUAAUAGGUCUGAAAAUAAGGUCUUUGCUCACCGCAGCAAUAUAUAAGAAGCAAUUGAGAUUAUCCAAUGCUGCAAGGCAGAUGCACUCGAGCGGUGAGAUAACAAAUUACGUUGCAGUGGAUGCCUAUAGGAUCGGAGAAUUUCCUUUCUGGUUCCAUCAGACAUGGACAACAAGCCUUCAGCUGUGUAUUGCUCUAAUCAUUCUCUUCUGUGCCGUGGGAGUAGCCACAUUUGCGGCCCUAGUAGUUAUCAUCCUCACUGUCAUGUGCAAUGCUCCACUGGCCAAGUUACAGCACAGGUUUCAAAGAAAUCUAAUGGUUGCACAAGAUGCGAGACUAAAGGCUAGUUCCGAGGCUCUAAUAAACAUGAAGGUGCUGAAGCUAUAUGCAUGGGAGAGCCAUUUUAGGAAUGUCAUCGAAAAUUUAAGGGCUGUAGAAUACAAGUGGUUAUCAGCAGUGCAGUUGCGAAAAGCAUAUAAUGGCUUUCUUUUUUGGUCUUCCCCGGUUUUGGUCUCUGCUGCUACCUUUGGGGCAUGCUAUUUCUUGAACAUUCCUCUGCAUGCUAGUAAUGUCUUCACUUUUGUGGCCACCCUACGUCUUGUUCAGGAUCCCAUUAGAUCUAUACCUGAUGUUAUUGGGAUAGUCAUUCAAGCAAAGGUUGCAUUUGCGCGUGUCGUGAAGUUCCUCGAUGCACCAGAGCUGCAGAGUGCAAAUGUCCGGAAAAAAUGCCAUAUGGAGAAUGCCAACUUAGCCAUCUCUAUUAAAUCAGGAGGAUUUUCUUGGGAGGAGAAUGCUUCAAAACCCACCCUAAGAAACAUAGCUUUAGAUGUUAGGAUGGGGGAAAAAGUGGCCGUUUGCGGAGAAGUUGGCUCCGGUAAAUCGACCUUGUUAGCGGCAAUACUCGGAGAAGUUCCUAAUAUCCAAGGAUCUAUUCAAGUAUUUGGAAAGAUUGCCUAUGUCUCUCAAACAGCCUGGAUACAGACAGGAACGAUACAAGAGAACAUAUUAUUCGGCUCUGCCAUGGAUAGACAGCGGUACGAAGAAACACUCGAAAGGUGUUCCUUGGUGAAGGACCUCGAAUUGUUUCCGUACGGUGAUCAAACUGAAAUAGGUGAAAGAGGAGUGAAUCUUAGUGGUGGCCAGAAGCAGCGAAUUCAACUUGCUCGUGCGCUUUAUCAGGAUGCUGAUAUAUAUCUUUUGGAUGAUCCAUUCAGUGCUGUGGAUGCUCACACAGCUUCAAGUUUAUUUAAUGAAUAUGUUAUGGAAGCACUUGCAGCAAAGGCAGUUUUACUUGUGACACAUCAAGUUGAUUUCUUACCAGCUUUCGAUUCUGUUUUGUUAAUGUCAGAUGGCGAGAUUCUUCGAGCUGAUUCUUAUCACGAUUUAUUAGCUUCUAGUCAAGAAUUUCAGGACCUUGUCAAUGCACACAAAGAAACUGCUGGAGAUGGAAGAGUUUCUGAAGUUAAUCCUUCCGAGGGACAUGGAACUUCCACUACAGAGAUCAAGAAGAGUUAUCUGGAAAAAGAGUUUAAAGAACCGAAAGGUGACCAACUGAUCAAGCAAGAAGAAAGGGAACAAGGAGAUACAGGACUUAAGCCAUACAUACAGUACCUCAAUCAAGACAAAGGCUUCUUGUUCUUCAUCAUUGCUACUUUGUGUCAUCUUUUGUUUGUGGGGUGUCAGAUAGCGCAGAACUCUUGGAUGGCUGCUAAUGUAGACGAUCCUAAUGUCAGCUCGUUGAAACUGAUUGUGGUUUAUUUGGCAAUCGGUUUUUUCUCAACUCUGUUGUUGCUUCUUAGAUCACUUUCCGUAGUUACCUUAGGUAUUAGAUCUUCAAAAUCUCUAUUUUCACAGCUACUAAAUUCCCUUUUUCGUGCACCUAUGUCGUUUUAUGACUCCACUCCUCUGGGAAGAAUACUAAGUCGGGUAUCUGUUGAUCUGAGCAUUGUUGAUCUUGAUGUACCAUUUAGCUUAGUAUUUGCUUGUGCGGCUACCAUGAAUGCUUAUAGCAAUCUUGGAGUUCUAGCUGUUGUUACCUGGCAAGUCCUAUUUGUUUCGGUACCGGUUAUUUACGCGGCAAUCCGCCUACAGAACUAUUACUUUUCCACCGCAAAAGAGUUGAUGAGGAUAAAUGGCACAACCAAAUCCUUGGUAGCAAACCAUCUAGCAGAGUCCAUAGCAGGAGCCACCACAAUAAGGGCUUUUGAAGAGGAAGAAAGAUUCUUCGCAAAGAGCCUUGAACUUAUCGACACUAAUGCGAGUCCGUUCUUCCACAGUUUUUCAGCAAAUGAAUGGUUGAUCCAGCGGUUAGAGACGCUUAGUGCUACUGUUUUGGCCUCUGCAGCACUCUGCAUGGUUCUGCUUCCUCCUGGGACUUUCAGUUCUGGGUUUAUCGGCAUGGCUCUUUCGUAUGGCCUUUCAUUGAAUAUGUCCCUUGUGUUUUCGAUUCAAAACCAAUGUACCAUAGCAAAUUACAUCAUUUCUGUAGAAAGGCUUAACCAAUACAUGCAUGUACCAAGUGAAGCCCCUGAAGUGAUAGAGGAGAAUCGUCCUCCAUUGAACUGGCCAACGGUGGGCAAAGUUGAUAUCCGUGAUUUGAAGAUCAGAUAUCGGCCAGAUUCACCAUUAGUUCUUAGAGGGAUCAGUUGCACGUUUCAAGGAGGGCACAAAAUUGGUGUUGUUGGUCGUACUGGAAGCGGGAAGACAACUCUAAUCAGUGCUUUAUUCCGUCUGGUUGAGCCAGCUGGAGGGAAGGUUAUAGUCGAUGGCAUCGACAUCUCUACUAUCGGUCUACACGAUCUGAGGUCGCGUUUUGGAAUUAUACCUCAGGAUCCUACCCUUUUUAAUGGAACCGUGAGAUACAAUUUGGAUCCUCUAUCCCAACAUACAGACCAGGAGAUAUGGGAGGUUCUUGACAAAUGUCAACUUCGAGAGGCUGUUCAGGAAAAAGAAGAUGGAAUGGACUCCUUGGUUGUGGAAGAUGGAUCAAAUUGGAGCAUGGGGCAACGGCAAUUGUUUUGUUUGGGGCGUGCUCUUUUGAGGAGAAGUCGUGUGCUGGUACUUGAUGAAGCAACUGCAUCGAUUGAUAAUGCGACGGACUUGAUUUUACAAAAAACCAUUCGCACCGAAUUUGCCGAUUGUACUGUAAUCACAGUUGCACACAGGAUACCAACCGUUAUGGACUGCACGAUGGUACUUGCGAUCAGUGAUGGCAAACUUAUGGAGUACGAUGAGCCGGCGAAACUGAUGGAGAGCGAAGGCUCGCUGUUCGGGCAACUUGUGAAGGAAUAUUGGUCCCAUUAUCACUCUGCAGAGUUGCGUUGAAGCUCGGAAUAUUUUCUGUGAGCAAGACUCCUUUCCCUCCCCUAGCUCGAUCGAAAUAAGCGAAAUCAAGAAGCGAAA